UCAGCCCCGGGAAGCGGCGGCGGCGGCGGCGGCAGAGGGGCCGGGCGGGCGGCCGGCGCCGCUGCCCCAUCUCCGGCGAGGAAGCUCCCCGGCGGGCGGAGCGCACGGCCCACGCUGGCCGCCUCGCCGCUCAGGAUGGCCCGGAAGGUGCCCCGGGCGGAGGUGUGCGCCGACUGCAGCGCCCCAGACCCCGGCUGGGCAUCCAUCAACCGUGGAGUGCUGGUUUGUGACGAAUGUUGCAGCGUCCACCGCAGCCUGGGGCGCCACAUAUCCAUCGUCAAGCACCUCCGACACAGCCCCUGGUCUGCUACACUCUUGCAGAUGGUGCACACACUUGCCAGCAAUGGUGCCAAUUCUAUAUGGGAACACUCGUUGCUUGAUCCGGCGCAAGUCCAGAGUGGGCGGCGCAAGGCAAAUCCCCAGGACAAAGUUCACCCCACCAAGUCGGAGUUCAUUCGUGCCAAAUACCAGAUGCUGGCCUUUGUCCACAAGCUUCCGUGCCGUGAUGACGAUGGUGUGACAGCCAAGGAUCUCAGCAAGCAGUUGCAUUCAAGUGUCCGGACAGGAAACCUGGAGACCUGUUUGCGCCUGCUUUCUCUGGGGGCUCAAGCCAACUUCUUCCACCCGGAGAAAGGAACCACCCCUUUGCACGUGGCUGCCAAAGCAGGGCAGAUCCUUCAAGCUGAGCUGCUCGUGGUGUACGGAGCUGACCCCGGGGCCCCCGAUGUGAACGGCCGCACCCCCAUUGACUAUGCCAGGCAGGCAUCCCAGCACGAGCUGGCAGAGAGGCUGGUGGAGUGCCAGUAUGAACUUACAGACAGGCUGGCUUUCUAUCUCUGUGGGCGCAAGCCAGACCACAAGAAUGGGCAUUACAUCAUUCCGCAGAUGGCCGACAGCCUGGACCUCUCUGAAUUGGCAAAGGCAGCCAAGAAGAAAUUACAAGCGCUUAGCAAUCGUCUCUUUGAAGAAUUGGCCAUGGACGUCUAUGAUGAAGUGGACCGUCGGGAAAACGAUGCAGUGUGGCUCACCACACAGAACCACAGCACCCUGGUGACGGAGCGCAGCGCUGUGCCCUUCCUGCCGGUGAACCCCGAAUACUCGGCAACACGCAAUCAGGGUCGGCAGAAACUUGCCCGCUUUAAUGCCCGGGAAUUUGCCACCCUUAUAAUCGAUAUCCUGAGUGAGGCAAAGCGUCGGCAGCAAGGCAAAGGCUUGGUCAGUCCCACAGAGCCUCUAGACGCCUCUCUGCACGGCCCCAGCGACGUUGAUGACCAGCACGACUACGACAGCGUUGCCUCAGACGAAGACCCCGACCAGGAGCCCCUGCGAGGGGGCAACGCCGCUCGCAAUAACCGGGCACGGAGCAUGGACUCUUCCGACCUCUCAGACGGGCCCAUCACUCUGCAGGAGUACCUGGAGGUGAAGAAGGCCUUGGCUGCUUCGGAAGCCAAAGUGCAGCAGCUCAUGAAAGUGAACAAUAGCCUCAGUGACGAACUGCGGAGGUUGCAGAGAGAGAUUCACAAGCUGCAGUCGGAGAACAUGCAGAUCCGUCAGCAGGCAGGGGUGGUCCACCCGGUUGCACCCCCUCCCAGCGAGCGCUCCGAGCACAGCCACAUCGCUUCGCCUGCCACGGGAGCCCAUCGGCGUGACCGCCACGCAUUCUCCAUGUACGAGCCGGGCACCAGUGCGUUGAAGCCCUUUGGGCAGCAACCAGUGGAUGAUCUGGUGACCCGCCUGCAGCCGUUCCACCCUGGGGAGGUGGACGAUGAGUCGGUGUAUUCUGCGCAUAAUCCGGCCAGCAUGUACCGGAUCCGGAAAGGGGGCUCAGUCUCAUCUAUGCCUUUUCCUCCAUCAUCUCCACUGCUAUCAUGCCAAGCGGACAGUGGACGUCACAUGCCUGGGAAAUUGGACCGCCAUGGCAGUGGUACGGACAGUGAUUAUGACAAUACGCAGGGAGGGGAUCUGCCGCUCAGUAUGGAUGGGAAGCGCUUCUUAGACCUGGGCAAGGAUGACGACUUGCACCCGGAAACGGAGCCUCUGGAAGGUGACCUGGAUCCGGGGCUGCCCAGCACAGAGGACGUCAUCCUGAAGACGGAGCAAGUCACCAAGAACAUCCAGGAACUGCUGCGCGCUGCUCAGGAGUUUAAGCACGACAGCAGCUUCGUCCCCUGUUCGGAGAAAAUCCACACGGCCGUCACGGAGAUGGCAUCGCUUUUUCCUAAGAAGCCAGCUCUGGAGACAGUGCGCAGCUCCUUGCGCCUCCUCAAUGCAAGUGCGUACCGGCUGCAGAGCGAGUGUCGCAAGACUGUGCCCCCAGAGCCUGGGGCCCCAGUGGACUACCAGCUCUUGACACAGCAGGUCAUCCAGUGUGCCUAUGACAUUGCCAAGGCAGCCAAGCAAUUGGUCACCAUCACAACCCGCGAGAAGAAGCAGUAAACGGGGCGUCUGUCUUUCCUUGACCCUGUGGCCACUCGCAAGUGUCAUGUGCCAGCCCAGCUCUGGCAAAAAGCUGGAGAAUUAACUGCACUUCGAGACUGUAAAUAAGUGGGAACUGGACGCCCCCCCCCCACCAAGGGAGCACGGAGUGGUGUUGGUUGCCCUGUGCGGUGAGGAAGAAGUUGUCAUGUAAAUACUCCAUCUCCCCCCCCUUAAGUGGAACCCCCCCUGGGGGGAAUUGAAGCCUAGCCCCCGCCUGCUCUUUUUCCCCCAACCCCCUUAUAUAUAGUGCGUAGAACUGUAUGUAUCUGUCCCCUCCCCCAAUCCGUGUGUGUGCCCACAUAUUUUAUAUAUAUAAAAUAUGUGUGUAUAUAGAUCUCUCGCUAUAGAAACAUCAAACUGUAUUUAUCUCAUGGACCCCCUCCCCCCAAAUAGUGUUAACACUGGAAUAGCAACCUCUGGGUGCUGCAGCAAUCAGAUAAGCCCCCCCCCCCCCGUUCUUCCCUCUGGGAUUGGAUGCUCUCAUCAGCAUGGGGCGGGGUCUGCUUUCAGCAUGGGGCACACGCACACCUUGGCUGGCACUACAGGCAGCCCCAUUCCACCCCCUACCCCCAAGCUCUUAAGGGCGAUGGCAGAUGCCCACUGGUUAAACACGGUGGGGCGUGGGGGGGCCUUUUGUGCCCAGCCGAAAUGAGAAGCGGCUGCAGCAGCAUCUGAGAAACUGUGCUGGAAUCUUGUUUGUUCUGUAAAUUUGUAUCAAAUAAAGAUGUGAACCUGG